AUGGACCACAUCGCAGACAACUCGCUUCCCCCUUUCCACGUCGAACCAUCUACGAACCGCUUUAUUCCUCCGAGUAGUCUUGGGCGAUCUCCUUCCUUUGGCAGGACCAGUUCCAGAAGUGGUGAAGGCACUGGUGCACCUUUCUCGCACAAUGCGCUCAACUCCAAGCCGAUGACUUCUGCUGACCAGGGAGGAGAGUUCAAUGGAUGGUCGAAAUCUUCGAAUCCGAGCACGGCGAGCCACAUGCGCAAACGAUCGAACUCGUCUGCGAGACGGAUGUCAUUUGCUGGCGGGUCCUCGUUCUUGGAUACUUCAUCCCCGACGCACGACCUGCAGAUGCCUUUCCCCUCGAAGAGUGGCUCUCUCCAUCCUCCAUAUGACCCUCCUCCGUUACCCAUCCCGCCAAUGAAUACCCUGCCCGGCCUGCAGACGUCCUUUAACAACACUUCCUCGCCAUUGACCGGCCCUCACACACCGUCCCCUGCCACCCGGAACCUAGACUACUUUGGCAGGAGCUGGGAGGACUCGUCGUUGGGCCCAAAAGACUUCUCUCACCGACGAACAACUUCGACGUCGAGGUCUGCCAAUUUUGGUCCAUCUGUCGCCUCCCAUUCAGCAUUCUCUAUGGACGGAUCUGCAAAUCGACGUCACUUCGCCGAAGAAGUAGAAAGACCGCCGUCAAGAGGCCACUCGCGGCACCGUUCCCACUCAGCCAAAGGAAGCAUUUCAUCCCGGAGCCCGAAGCAACCAUCACAAAAAGCCAUGCUCUCAAAAGCUCUCCAGAAAGCGAACACUGCUGUACUUCUUGACAAUGCGCAAAACUUUGAUGGGGCCAUGCAGGCAUACUCGGAGGCUUGUACAUUACUGCAGCAGGUGAUGCAGCGUAGUUCUGGAGACGACGACAGGCGUAAACUGGAAGCCAUUCGAAACACUUAUACUAGCCGGAUAACCGAGCUCAAAAAGAUUGCACCGCAUCUCGAGGAUGGUGACAAUAUGUUAACUUCACGGCCUGAAAGCAGGGGGAAUAGAGAAAACAUACUACACGAAGAGGAGGAGGAACGAGCCAACAUCGAGAGGGCAACCACAACAAUCCCAAACGAUAUGUCCCAUAUCUCUGAUCCGCAGCAACCUUGGUCAACUAGUGCCACAAAAGUCCCUAGAAGACGAGAUUCAUUGUUACCCUCAGGUCUAGAAACGUUGCAGUACAGGCCCAAAAAUCCUUCGGACCCGUAUGGUCGAUCAUACUCCAAAUCCCCCAUGAGAGAGCGCGUAGCAGAAACAGACAUACAUUUUGCACCGCCCAUGGAUUCCAUAUAUAUGCCCCCGCCGCUUUCGCCUCGACGCCCUUCCUCGCCCAUGAAUCAUGGAUCUCCAAGUAAUCACCAAAGACAACCGUCUUCUGAUCUAUUGACGCCCAAAUUCUCUGGAAUGUCCUCUGCAAAAGGCCAUUCCAGAGCAGCCAGUAAUGAAUCCAUGUCUUGGCUUGACACCAUAGAUGAAUCAGGCGACUCUGCUGGCUCAUCUGUGCACUCAAGAACCUCGUCAUUGGGUGUACGACGGAAACGUAUUCGAGCGCCGAGCGGUGCCACGGAGACUGAGUUUGACACGGCUUUGGACGAAGCAAUUGAAGCUGCAUACGAUGAAGGUUUCGAGCCCAUGGGUCCUUCUGAACAGACACGUCAAUACUUCGGUGACGACGAUGGAAUUUCUUCUGAUGUUCUGCGAAGAGCACAACUAGCGAAGGAAAAGGCGCACCAAACCGAGCGCGAAGCGGCGAUCCACGCCGCACGUGAGAAAGAGAGGCAACGCCUGGUUCAGAAGAAUCAAGACCAGAUGGACGGCCUUCACGAUGAAUAUCAUGGCAAUGAAUCGGAAGAUGAAGAGCGCAUGCUUGAAGAGAUGACCAGGGGGUAUGUGAUGGAAGACUUUGAAUUUGGGCUACAAUCAAAAUCGGCUCUACCACGUGAACGUGAGUCUGAUUCCAGUGGUUUCUCCGGCCGGACAUGGAACAGUUCAAUUGGAUCAAAUCCAACUACAGCUGGGACUUCUCUCUCAACUGUGACGGAGACAUCAGGACCCCUUCAGAUGCCGAUCAUGCAGUCGCAAACACAGCCUUCUCUGCACCCUCCUCCUCUUCAAGCUCUGCCACCGCUACCUCCUCCGGACCAACCUCCUCAGCCUCCACCAGCGGUUUUGAGCUCAGUGCGGAGUAGACGCUUAUCAGGGCAAAAUGCAAAGAAACUGAUAAUCGAAACCACACCGAGGAACUCAUCUCCACCUCCACCGAUUCCAUCAUCACGACUUCGGAAUAACUCUGAUGUUGCUCAUCCCAAGACUGCCGGCCAUCCUUCACAACGGCAGCCUGUGCCUAUGUCGAUUCGCCCUCCACCGUCUGCACGCCAAGUAUCUUCUUCAUUCCCAGGAGCGACAGGUCCUGAUGGAAUUAUCCCCCCCCCGACCCCGUCGCUCAAUCAAGCUCUCACGAACGAGAGCGAUCCACCUCAGUCGGGCUCUCCAAGAGGCAGUCAGUUGAGAAGCGAAUUGCGAAAGAAACACUCUUCCUCAAGCCUGAAGAAUAUGAAGAGCAGGAAUCUUUCGGUCUCAAACUUUGACGACGGUGCAUCUGAACGCUCGCCCAAUACACCUUUGAGCUCCAAUUUCGCAAGGGACCCAACUGGGAAGAUUCCUGCGAUGCCUGUGUUGCCCACCCCCAUAGCUGCAGCUUUUAUGGAAAAGACAAAUGGCGUACAGACCGGAGGGAUGUAUUUGUUUGACAGUGACAUCCAUUUACCAGAAAGCCCCGGCUCACCACGCUCUGUCAAUCCCGGCGCGCCAAUAUCACUCGAGCCAUGUCCGCUUGAGUACCUGCUCCGACCGUUCUGGCUUAUGCGCGCUUUGUAUCAAACGAUUGCGCAUCCUCGCGGUGGGUACUUGUCAACAAAGCUGUUUGUGCCUCGAGACGUAUGGUUAGUGAAAGGCGUCAAGAUCAAAAGUCUCGAGGACAAGAUCGCCAACCUUGAUUUUCUCACUGCAGCCCUUAUGAAAUUAGCGAAAGUCGAUACCACUGAUGCCGAUGCCGUCUUGGAAGAGAUGCAAUCCCUCGAGGGCGUUCUUGAGCAAGUGCAGGCAACGUUGACCAAGAAAUUGGGUAACGAAGUUGGCGUACAAACCUUUGGAGGGAUUUUCAAUGCUGGCGAUGCCGAAGUAAGCAACGUCUCUUCGAAGUCGAGCAGUACAUCCAACAAACCAUCGUCCUUUUCCUGGCGACGACUCAGGCCCAAGAACUCGGGUAUUGCACUGUCGAAUACGUACGCAAGUAAAAUAAUAACAGACGGACCAAGAGAAGGAUUAGCCAUGGCGACACUACCCAUGACUUCGACAUAUACUGCAAAGGUUCGUUUCGGGAAACGAGACGUCACCUCGAUCCAGUUCUCGGGCCCCAAUGCAAACUACAUGAGUGCGCUGGCAAGACUCUUUGAUGCCGCGCAAGCAAUAGAUCAAAUCGCUCGUCAGGUCGAGGACCCUGGACUCAGGCAUGCCGACAAAACGCAAGUCGGUCUGGAGCUGUGUACUCGCCACGCCGCCGAGUUCUUCGGCUUCUACAUCUGCCGCUUCGUUUUGACAGAUGUCGGACUUCUUCUUGACAAGUUCAUUAAGCGCGGGUCAGAAUGGGUGAACCUAUGA